ACGGCAGGAAGCAAGAUGAUGACAGUGUGCCACCGCCGAGUGCAGCAACCUUUCAAACCCCGUUCAACCUCCCUCCUCCACUUCCACUCAAUCUCCGCUGUCCGUUCUGCCUCCACCGCAGUUGGCGCCGCCGUGGAUCCCUUCACCGACCACCCAUCGCAUCACCACCUCGCCGCCGUGGACUCUAAGUCCACCCUUCUCAAAUCCUACACCGUCACUCCCCCAAUCAAACCGUGGCCCCAACGCCUCUCCCCCAAACGGGUCGUUUCGAUGAUCAGCCGCCAGCAAAACCUCGACCUCGCCCUCCAAAUCUUCGACCACGCAGGAAAAUUCCACCGCAAUUUCGCCCACAAUUACGAAACCUACCUCGCCAUGAUCGAAAAGCUCUCCAAAGCUCGCGCCUUUGAGCCCAUGGAAACCCUAAUCUCCCAGUUACACAAAUCCCAAAUCAAAUGCGGCGAAAACCUAUUCAUCACCGUCAUUCGCAACUACGGCUUCGCGGGUCGACCCAAGCUCGCAAUCCGAACCUUCCUGCGGAUCCCAAGCUUCGGUCUCCAACCCUCGGUGAGGUCCUUCAACACUCUCUUGAACACCUUGGUUCAGAAUAAACGGUUCGAUUUAGUUCAUUUGAUGUUCAAGAACUGUAGAAAAAAGUUUGGUAUUGUUCCUAACGUGUUUACAUGCAACAUACUUGUGAAAGCCCUCUGCAAGAAGAAUGAUAUCGAUGCGGCAAUUAGGGUUUUAGAGGAAAUGCCUGCAAUGGGGUUUAUCCCAAAUGUGGUUACUUAUACUACAAUUUUAGGUGGGUAUGUUUCAAAAGGCGACAUGGUUGGUGCCAGGAGGGUUUUUGGGGAGAUUUUGGACAGAGGGUGGGUGCCUGAUCCCACAACCUAUACCAUUUUGAUGGAUGGGUAUUGUAAAAAAGGGAGGUUUAUGGAUGCUGUGAAGGUAAUGGACGAAAUGGAGGAGAAUAGGGUUGAACCAAAUGAUGUAACCUAUGGGGUUAUAAUUGAAGCGUAUUGUAAAGAGAAGAAGUCCGGGGAAGUCCUUAAUCUGCUUGAUGAUAUGCUUGAGAAGAAAUAUAUACCGAGUUCGGCUCUUUGUUGUAGGGUCAUUGAUAUGUUGUGUGAAGAGGGGAAGGUUGAGGUUGCUUGUGAGCUGUGGAAGAAGCUCUUGAAGAAGAAUUGCACUCCCGAUAAUGCGAUUACUAGCACGCUUAUACAUUGGCUCUGCAAGGAGGGUAAGGUUUGGGAGGCGAGAAAGCUAUUUGAUGAGUUUGAGAAGGGUUCGAUCCCAAGUACUUUGACGUAUAAUGCACUUAUUGCUGGAAUGUGCGAGGGAGGGGAGUUGCCAGAGGCGGCGAGGUUGUGGGACAACAUGGUGGAGAAGGGGUGUGUUCCUAAUGCUUUUACUUAUAACAUGUUGAUUAAGGGCUUUUGUAAAGUCGGUAAUGCAAGGGAGGGAAUUAGAGUUAUGGAGGAGAUGUUGGAUAACGGGUGUUUGCCGAAUAAGGCGACGUAUGCUAUUUUGCUAGAGGGGCUCUACGAAUUGGGAUUGGAAGGAGAAGUUACAAAUGUUCUUUCAAUGGCAAGCUCAAGAGGAGGAGUUGAUGCUGAAUGUUGGGGUGUUUUUCUCGCCAAGUUUGUUAAUGGUGGCAAUAUCGAUGUUGAGGGAGCUAAAAUUGAUAGAAUAUUAGUUGAGAGUGCUGCUUAGGGAUUCAUCUAUGGGUUUUAACAUAGAGUUAUGGAGGAGAUGUUGGAUAAUGGGUUUUUGUCGAAUAAGUCCAACAUAUUCCAUCUUUACUAGAAGGCCUCUGCGAAUCGGGACUGGAAGCAGAAGUCACAAAUGUUGUUUCAAUGGCAAGUUCAAGAGGAGGAGUUGGUCCUGAUUCUUGGGGUUGUUUUUCUAAGCAAGGUUGUUAGCAAUCUGGAUGUUGGAGGGAGCUAUAAUUGAUAAAAUAUUACUGGAGAGUGCUGGUUGGGGAUUCAUCUAUGGGAUUAUGUUAAGAGCCCAGAUCUUCCUAUAUACUUAUUUUCGGGAAUAGUAGACACAGGAUUGCCAAUAUCCUGUGAAUUGAUGUAAACCCUUUUAGUUUUCAGACUACUAAUAUUGAAAAUUGCCCAAACAGGAUCAGUUGUGAAGUUCUUUUUCUCUGUUGUCAUGGAGAACCAGUCAAGUACUUGUGGUUGGGGGAACAUGUGUGAACUGGGGCUGUGUUCCUUCCAAAACUCUCCUUGCUGUGAGUGGGCGAAUGCGGGAGCUUCAGGAUGAGCAUCACAUGAAGGCUUUUGGUUUACAGGUUGCUGCAGCUGGGUAUGAUAGGCAAGGAGUAGCUGAUCAUGCAAAUAAUCUUGCCUCAAAAAUCAGAAGUAACUUGACCAAUUCAUUGAAGGGUCUUGGAGUUGUUAUACUUGAAGGUGUUGGCACAAUUUUGGGUCCACAAAAGGUGAAAUAUGGAAAAGUUGGCUCCUCUGGCAAUGUAAUAACAGCAAAAGAUAUAAUAAUUGCUACUGGCUCUGUACCUUUCGUCCCUAAGGGAGUUGAAGUUGAUGGGAAAACUGUAAUAACCAGUGAUCAAGCACUUAAAUUGGAAUUUAUUCCUGAUUGGAUAGCCAUUGUUGGCAGUGGCUACAUUGGUCUUGAGUUUAGUGAUGUAUAUAUGGCACUUGGAAGUGAGCCUCAAGCAAGGGAAAAAGCUGAAAAGGAGGGAUUUGAAGUAAGUGUUGCCAAGACUAGUUUUAAGGCUAACACAAAGGCCCUAGCCGAAAAUGAAGGGGCGGGGCUUGCUAAGGACAUAGAGUUUGCUGUUCAUGCACAUCCAACCUUGUCCGAGGUGCUUGACAAACUCUUCAAAUCUGCUAAGGUAGGGAGGACAGGCUUCUUUGGUCCUGAAAUGAAAUCCUCUCCCAUUCUGCACUGGUUAAAAUCAACAUCUCUAGUCCAGGUGUGGCACCUGUUACUGUCUAAGUUCUCAACAUAGUAUUACAUUUCGACAACACUCAUUCAAUCAGAGACUCCAAGAAGCUGCCUGUCUUCUUAAGAGGAUCCAUCCACAAAGAAUUAUUACAUCUUGGUUCCAAGUGCUACAAAUUUUCUGAUAAUUGUUUCCUCAUUUUUCGGUUAUUUUCUCUGAUAGAAUUACACUCUAAUGUUAGAGCUCAGGCUGCAGUUCUGUUUGUUCCCUUUUUAUUUUUUCAGAGGACUACUGUUGAGGUUUUGUCAUGGAGAUACAUAGAUACACCCCCCAACGACAAUAGAUGGUAGACAUGAGUUUUUACUCAACUGAAAUCUUUUGGCAACCUUCCUUUUCAGACCAAAGGAGAAAGAAACCCAAAAUGGUGGCCAAUUUUUCCCCUUUUUUCUUUUUAUUCUUAAGCUAUGGGAUUGUAUUUUGUGAGGUUUUAUCAAUAAGAAUUUUAAUUAAAUAAAAA